AUGGAUGAGACGGAGAUGAACGCGUGCGCACAUUGCACUUUCAUCAACGCACCGGGCCGCAUCCGCUGUGGUAUGUGCCGCCACAACAUUCGCAAGCGCGAAUGCGACGCAUCUGCCACACCUUCGCAGGGGCGGCGAUCAACACAUGAUAGGCGGUCCACGGAUCACGAAAAGGAAGCUGUGCCGACGCUCUUCUCCACUGCCGCUGGACGGCCUGUUGUUGUGUCCGAGUCAUCGCUGCGCGCUGCCAGGGAGAGGCUGGAUGCCGUGUUGUCACUUAGCUCCUCUAGUAGCAGUGAGUGCGGCGCAGGGGUUUCAGGUUCUAUUGCAGGUGCCGAGUCCCCCUCUGGGGCUGCAGUGCCUCCGCUGCUUGCGCCGCGGCGCCGCAUGUUUGUUCAGCCGUUUGCGCGGACGCCACAGAUACGGACGGUACCACAGACCAUUGCGACUUCUCCGCAGGAGGAGUCCUUUAGAAGAGGACCGAAGUCCCUUUUGUUUGAUAUCUUUGUCUAUUCGUCACUGGCGAUGUCGGUGCUUCCCUCCAUCGAAGCAAUUAUACACGGCACUUUCGCGUUUAAACGGCUGGGCUGCUCGCCCGAACUCUUGCAAAUACUAGGUCUCUCUGUGGAGGACGACACAGUGCCGCUCCUACGCUUUCAUGGUGCGCUCCUCACUCUUGGCGCCAGAAGGACGGAUUCCACGGACGAGUGGUGCCGGCAGAUGGUGAAGUCAACUCUGUUGAAGUUGCGUGGCUUGUCGCUUCGUUGCAAUCCGUCCCUGUCGGUUUUCUCCGUGACGCACACUCUUCUGUAUCUGUGCUACAAGUACAACCGGGAGUUUGUAGAGGGUGAGCGUCCCAGUCUUCGCGUUGUCACAGAAGGAGAUGUGCCCGCGUCGUCGCUGAUGGUUGUGAGCGUUGUUUCUCUCUCCCUUGAGGAACGCAUCGCACCACAUACGAGCGUGGGUGUGAUCUCCGAUGGAUGCUAUGAGGUGAAGGUCGCGUUGGACGUCCCACUGACGAAUUUGGUGCGUGAGAACAUUCUUCGCUGCGGACAUAAGCUUCUGGUGUGCGGCGCAAAGAUGCUCCUGAAGAAUUUUUGCUCUCCCCUGGAGUGCAGGGAUAACAUUGUGUUGUCUAUCAACUACAAUUGUACGCGUCCUGCAGACCCGGCUUCGGCACUCGGCUUGUAUCAGACUAAACCACUGCUUGUGCCGGCUGCUGCUAUUCACCCACUGGGGGGACUUGUUCCCUCACUCUAUGGGACGGUGGAACGUGUCCUUCCCGCAUUUUUUAUUGAGCAGACUGUCAGCAACAGAGGUACUUCAAAUGCUGGCGGCAAGGUGGUGCGCAACCUUCUUGCCCAGCUUAAGUCUCUUGAGCGCGCCGCACACGAGGCUCCGGCGCUGGAUGAUACAACAGGCAAUCGGAGACUCCUCCGGGUGUCUUCACUUGUGUUGACAUGUGAAAAGAAAGACUGUGUGAUCGUGCAGUUGUGGGAGGAGUGUGGCAUGGGAUGCUUGCCCGAAUCACUUGAAGAGUGCGAGUGCGAUUUCCCUGCGGAAGGCUCAACGGUUAUCAUCUUCGCCGUUACGCCGUCGCGUAGCCGGCCGUCUCACCCGUUCCAGAGCGCCAAGGUAGUCUACACUCGUGGGCGUCUCGACUACCAGCAGCUGUCACCACCAAACGGUUUCGCGCGACUGCCGCAGCGCAGUGUCUCUGACGUCGACCCUUCGACACAUGCCGGUGCACCGUUGGACAUUGGGGGUCUCUUUCUCGCAUCUGCGACUAACGACAUUAUGACGACGUAUGUAGUUGCUAUGUUGAGUGAAAAUGAUAGUUUAUCGGAGCCAUCGUUCUGUGUUAUUGACGUGCCGUCCUGGACCCCCGUAAAGGAGAUAACGCUCGCUAUGCCCACAGUACCCUUCACACCCGUCAUUGUGCAGAACGCCUCCUUUAUUCGCCGCGCUGAUGAGGACUUGGGACCAGACUGCUUGCACAUCUUGGCCAAUGAGUUCACACGUGUCUUGCAGAGACCGGCAGUCCCAUCGCUUCGAGCCGUCGUAUCAAUGCUUGAGCGAAGCCGAGAAAAGGCGAAGGCGACAGGGAUCAUUGCCGCCCGAGCUGCAGAGCUUCUGCGUUUGCGCCAGCUGAGUGAUGAGGCACGGACUGGCGUGCACCGCUUCACUAGUGAUCUCAGUGGUGGAGAUCUCCCCGUCGCGGUUACCCCUGGUGGGCCGUCACGGGUGCCGUACUACUUGCGUGGGGAGAAGCGUGGGCCCAUCGCCAAGGGUGUUGUGAUUCCACUCUCGAGUGAACAAAAGCCGGGAGGAGGGAUAAUCGAAGAGAAGACCUCGGUGCAGAGCGAGCCGAGAGCGAUAUUACCUCAUGCGGUCUAUCAGCACGGGGAGCGUUCUCAUAUAUUUGGUAAUAUUAUCAGGAUGCGGGUGGUGCGAUCCUUUGAGUCGGGCAGGCAUGAAUCUAUUGAGCUCCUCGCCGACUCUCUUGCUCAUGGUGCCGAAAAAGCUGGGUCUGCCACAUUCCAGGACACUGUUGUCCGAAGCUCUCCGUACUUUGAGAUUGACAUCCAGUUCGGUGCCGUCACCCAACAACGCGUGAGUGCCACCAUUAGGAGCCCCGUUGUACUGAGCAGUAUGCUGGAACAGCGAGUCGCGAUUCGAAGUGUCUGCGCAUUGGCGGUAGAUGAAGGGUGUGUCGAUUACGUUUUACAGCGGACGAAAAUGUUGGAAGAGUUCGAGCGUACUCCGGAGGAAAGCUGGUGGUGGCUGCUCUCUCUUUCGUGUGUCGUCACAGGUGACUCGUCACAUCCCACGAUUUCGACAAGAGUGCUAUGGCUCGAGAGUGAGUGGAGGAUGCUGCUUGACAUGGUGGCGGGAGGUGUGAGGGACAGUCUGUUCAAGUUCAGUGUGGACUCGGCUGGUGUGGUGACGCGGGUCGUGUUCUUAAAGGGCAACUGCUGUCUCUCCGACCUCAUGAGAGAGUAG